AUGUCCAAACCUCCGCUAUAUUCAUAUAAUCGUAAUGUCACUUCUACUACCGUCGCAUCCUCGCUUAUUAAAAUCAUUUUAAUGUUCACCAACAUUGUCAAAUCUUUACCCAUAAAUAGCAUUGUCCAUGCAGCUUCCACCGAAGCCACUUCUAAUGCUCAUAAAGAACCCCGAUUGACUCCGGAAGAGUUUUAUGCCAACUUAUUCACUUCUGUGUUUUUGGUGUUAGCCGGUGGUGUGUUUGCCGGUUUAACUUUGGGUUUGAUGGGUCAAGAUGAAGUUUAUUUGAAGGUCAUUGCUACUAGUGGUGAACCUCAUGAAAGAAAACUAGCAAGAAAUGUUUUGAAAUUGAUUGGAAGAGGUAAACAUUGGGUCUUAGUUACAUUGUUAUUGUCCAAUGUUAUAACUAAUGAAACUUUGCCAAUUGUUUUAGAUAAUUGUUUGGGUGGUGGUUGGCCAGCCGUUGUUACUUCCACUGUUUCUAUUGUUAUUUUUGGUGAAAUUAUUCCACAAUCUAUUUGUGUUCGAUACGGUUUGCAAGUUGGAUCUAUGUUUGCUCCAUUUGUUUUGGUGUUGAUGUAUAUCAUGUAUCCAGUUGCUUAUCCAUGUGCGAUGUUGUUAGAUCAUAUCUUGGGUGAAGAUCACGGUACUGUGUAUAAGAAAUCUGGAUUGAAAACUUUGGUUACAUUACACAGAACCAUGGGUGUUGAAAGAUUGAACCAAGAUGAAGUUACCAUCAUUGGUGCCGUCUUGGAUUUGAAAGAAAAACCAGUUAGUUCUAUUAUGACCCCAAUGGAUAGAGUUUAUACCAUGAGUGCCGACACUAUUUUGGAUCAAAAAACAGUUGAAGAGAUUUUCAAUACCGGGUUUUCUCGUAUUCCUAUUUUUCUACCAAACGAACCAACUAAUUUCAUUGGUAUGUUGUUGGUUAGAGUUUUGAUUAGUUAUGACCCAGAAGAUGCGUUGCCGGUUGCUGCCUUCCCAUUGGCCACUUUACCGGAAACCGGAUUGGAUACUUCAUGUUUGAAUAUUUUGAAUUAUUUCCAAGAAGGUAAAUCACAUAUGAUUGUUGUGAGUGAAAAUCCAGGUGAACCUACUGGAGCCGUUGGUGUUUUAACAUUGGAAGAUGUUAUUGAAGAAUUGAUUGGUGAAGAAAUUGUUGAUGAAUCUGAUGUUUAUGUUGAUAUUAAUAAGAAUAUCAAGAGAAAACAACCCGGUCCAUUAGCUAAGAGAAACUUGACUGCUUAUUUGCAUGACUUGUAUCAAAGAAACGGCAGUGGUCCUAAUUCCCAAAGAAACUCACUUGAAUCAAAUGAGCCUCAUGUGGAUAUUACUGAACGAAUGAGAGAAGGAUCUACUUCAAGUGCCAUUUCCUAUACCCCUAACAACAAGAACAAGAAAACUUCUACUAGCGCGAAUUCCCAUUCUGUGCCUGGUACUAGUGGAACUGGUCAUGAAUUCCAAACACCUAUAGGUCCAGCAUCAAAAUGGAAGCCAAUGAAUCCUGCUUUGAAUCCAUUAGAGACCAACAAGAAAUUUGUUACCAUCAAGAGACCAGACCAAGACAAAAUCGAAUCAAUGAAGAGAGUUGCUACUGCGGGAAGCCCGCCUCCGUACAAUCCUCAUACUUCAGGUAGCAAUCCAAUGCAAAUUGGAACCAUUUAUUCAACUGAAAAGGGGGCACUUCAAGAAGCCAAAAGAAGAUCAUUUGAUGAAAGAAGCAACCAAAAGUUUUUAUUGCCUGAUGAACGAGAAGCAGAUGUCUCUGAAAUUUCUGGAAGAAUUAAUCAUAGUGAAGACGAUGCAUCCCAUUAUCACAUUGAUAUUCCAUUGAAUAAUUCAAAUGGAAAUGGACAUGCUAAUGGAAGUUCUGCUAUUAAUAUUCCGGUUCCAGAACAGCAAGAAUCCAGAAGUUACAGAACUGGAGGUAUUGUUGAGUCUGUCAUUAAUGUCCAAGGUGUUCUGAAAACCAUUAUUGAGAAUGUCAGUGAUGUUGAAGAUCACGAGUUUAUGAUUGAUACCAAUAUUGAAGAGCCCCAAAAGGAGAAAAAGAAAAAGAAGAAGAGUAAAAAGAGUAAGUGUAAGAAGAAGGAUUCCCCAAGUUCAAUUAAAUCUGGAUCCGUUAGGUCAGAUUCUCUUGGUUUAGAUGAUGAUUAUGAUGAGGAUGAAGAAAGUAGAUCUUUACUUAAUACUGAGAAUAACAGUAGAAAAUCCUCAGUUACAAGUAGUAGCAAUGGCAAGAGAUGA